UAUUUCCGGAGCCGGGUCUCCACGCGGAGUCCGAGCGCGUGUUCCAAGCCAGGAGGGCCGGAGGGCCGGGAGGGCGGAGACUGCGGGGAAGGAAAGCCCCUUUGGCCUGCCCUACGGAAGCCUGCGAGGGAGGGUAGUGUCCACUGCCCCAUCCGACGUCCAGAUGCCCAGCGCCAACGCCAGCCGCAAGGGUCAGGAGAAGCCGCGGGAGAUCAUGGACGCGGCAGAAGAUUAUGCUAAAGAGAGAUAUGGAAUAUCUUCAAUGAUACAGUCACAAGAAAAACCAGAUCGAGUUUUGGUUUGGAUUAAAGACUUGACAAUUAAAAAAGCUGAUGAAGUUGUUUGGGUGCGUGCAAGAGUUCAUACGAGCAGAGCUAAAGGGAAACAGUGCUUCUUAGUCCUACGUCAGCAGCAGUUUAAUGUCCAGGCUCUUGUGGCGGUGGGAGACCAUGCAAGCAAGCAGAUGGUUAAAUUUGCUGCCAAUAUCAACAAAGAGAGCAUCGUAGAUGUAGAAGGAGUUGUGAGAAAAGUGAAUCAGAAAAUCGGAAGCUGCACACAGCAAGAUGUUGAGUUACAUGUUCAGAAGAUUUAUGUGAUCAGUUUGGCGGAACCCCGCCUGCCCCUGCAGCUGGAUGAUGCCAUUCGGCCUGAGGUGGAAGGAGAGGAGGAAGGAAGAGCUACUGUUAACCAGGAUACAAGAUUAGACAACAGAGUCAUUGAUCUUAGGACAUCAACUAGUCAGGCAGUCUUCCGUCUCCAGUCUGGUAUCUGCCAACUCUUCCGAGAAACUUUAAUUAACAAAGGCUUUGUGGAAAUCCAAACACCUAAGAUUAUUUCAGCUGCCAGUGAAGGAGGCGCCAAUGUAUUUACUGUGUCAUACUUCAAAAACAAUGCUUACCUGGCUCAGUCCCCACAGCUGUAUAAGCAAAUGUGCAUUUGUGCUGAUUUUGACAAGGUUUUCUGUAUUGGACCAGUAUUCAGAGCUGAAGACUCUAAUACCCACAGACAUCUAACUGAAUUUGUUGGUCUGGACAUUGAAAUGGCGUUUAAUUACCAUUACCAUGAAGUUAUGGAAGAAAUUGCUGACACUUUGGUACAGAUAUUCAAAGGACUUCAAGAAAGGUUUCAGACUGAAAUUCAAACGGUGAAUAAACAAUUCCCUUGUGAGCCAUUCAAAUUUUUGGAACCUACUUUAAGACUGGAGUAUUGUGAAGCACUCGCCAUGCUUAGGGAAGCUGGAGUCGAAAUGGGAGAUGAAGACGAUCUAAGUACACCAAAUGAAAAAUUGUUGGGUCGUUUGGUAAAGGAAAAGUAUGAUACAGAUUUUUAUAUUCUUGAUAAAUAUCCAUUGGCUGUAAGACCUUUCUAUACCAUGCCUGACCCAAGAAAUCCUAAACAGUCCAACUCAUAUGAUAUGUUUAUGAGAGGAGAAGAAAUAUUGUCAGGAGCUCAAAGAAUACAUGAUCCUCAGCUACUAACAGAAAGAGCUUUACAUCAUGGAAUUGAUUUGGAGAAAAUUAAGGCUUACAUUGAUUCCUUCCGCUUUGGAUCUCCUCCUCAUGCUGGUGGAGGCAUAGGGUUGGAACGAGUGACUAUGCUGUUUCUGGGGUUACAUAAUGUUCGUCAGACCUCGAUGUUCCCUCGUGAUCCCAAACGACUCACUCCUUAAGGAAAGCCAUGGUUUUAUUCUUUCCAGUACCCUGCCUUUGACCAGACUAUACCUUAGGUACUAAAAUACACAGUAGAAUAACUUCCUAAAGUGCCGUGGUUAUUUUAUUCAGUAGAGGUUCGUUUAAGAGAGAAGAUUUUUCUAACCUCAGACAUGCUUCAGUAGGAAAUGCUUGAACAUUUUAAUGAGAAAUUAAUAUGGUUAUGUUAAAAUUAAUCUUUAAUUACUAUAUAAAAUGUUAACAAGAGUCUUAAACAGUUAAGAUUAUGCAGGGUUUAUUUUUCUUUUCUAUAUUAACAGUGGCCACAAUAUUCAUGUUCUAAGUUUGCAACAUCUGAGCUUAUUUUUAAAAAUUCUGACAUUGAGAUAAGAACACUUGAGGAAGUACCUGAGAUUUUAAUGAAUGCAUAAUUGACAUAUCAUGGAAAAUAAGGCAGGAAGUAAAGUUACGCCCAGAAAUCAUGUGAGGCAGGUGAAAGAACUGGUUAGAAAAUAUUUGAUACAAUACUGUAUGAAAUUGUUACAUCCUAAACUUGCACUUCAAUAAAAUUUUAAAGCUAAUUA